UGCGUGUCCCCGGCCCUUUCCCAGUUCUGCGAGGAGUUCAAGGAGAAGUGUCCCAUCUGCGUGCCCUGCGGGCUGAAGCUGGCGGAGAAGACACAGACGGCCAUCGUCCGGCACUUUGGCCUGCAGAUCCUGGAGCAUGUGGUCAAGUUCCGCUGGAACAAUAUGCCUCGCCUAGAAAAAGUUUAUCUAAAGAACAAUGUCAUGGGCCUUAUAUCCAGUGGAACUCAAAGUAUUCUGGAGGAAGAAAGUCACAUUAAGGAUGUUCUGUCUCGCAUUGUGGUAGAGAUGAUCAAGCGCGAAUGGCCUCAGCACUGGCCGGACAUGCUAAAGGAGCUGGAUACCCUCUCCAAGCAAGGGGAAACUCAAACAGAACUGGUGAUGUUCAUCCUCCUACGUUUGGCAGAGGAUGUGGUGACUUUUCAAACUCUGCCUACCCAGCGGCGACGAGAUAUCCAGCAAACCCUCACCCAGAACAUGGAGAAGAUCUUCAGUUUCCUACUAACUACCCUGCAGCAGAACGUCAACAAGUACAGACGCAUGAAGACUGAUUUGGCUCAGGAACCAAAGGCCCAGGCCAACUGCCGCGUGGGGAUAGCGGCACUCAACACCUUGGCUGGCUACAUUGACUGGGUGGCACUGAGCCACAUCACAGCAGACAACUGCAAGCUCUUGGAGAUGUUGUGUCUGCUCCUAAAUGAACCUGAGCUCCAAAUAGGAGCGGCAGAGUGUCUCCUGAUUGCUGUCAGCANNNAGGGUAAGCUGGAGGAUCGGAAGCCUCUGAUGGUCUUGUUCGGAGACGUUGCCAUGCACUACAUUCUCUCCGCUGCCCAGACAGCAGAUGGAGAAGGCCUGGUGGAGAAGCACUAUGUUUUCUUGAAGAGACUUUGCCAAGUUCUGUGCGCGUUGGGCAGCCAGCUGUGCGCGUUGCUGGGCUCAGAUUCUGAUGUGGAAACACCAGCAAACUUUGGAAAAUACCUUGACUCGUUUUUAGCCUUUACAACCCAUCCUAGCCAGUUUCUGCGCUCUUCCACCCAGAUCACAUGGGGAGCCCUCUUUCGGCAUGAAGUUUUGUCUCGUGACCCUUUGUUGCUGGCUAUGAUUCCCAAGUAUCUUCGUGCAUCUAUGACCAACCUAGUGAAGGUGGGCUUUCCCUCUAAAAUGGACAGCCACAGUUGUGAAUACUCCCGCUUUGAUUUUGACAGUGAUGAGGACUUCAAUGCCUUCUUCAACUCUUUCCGAGCCCAGCAGGGAGAGGUGAUGAGGAUGGCUUGUCGUCUGGACCCUCGAACUGGUUUCCAAAUGGCUGGUGAAUGGCUGAAGUACCAGCUCACAGCUCCUGUUGAUACUGGACCCAUGAACUCUAAGACAGGCGAAGGUCUCUGCUCCAUCUUCUCUCCGUCCUUUGUGCAGUGGGAUGCCAUGACCUUCUUCUCCGAGAGUGUCAUCAGCCAGAUGUUUCGAACCCUGGAUAAAGACGAAAUCCCAGUGAAUGAUGGCAUAGAUCUGCUGCAGCUCGUCCUUAAUUUUGAAACAAAGGACCCUCUUAUACUGUCCUGCGUGCUCACCAACGUCUCUGCUCUCUUCCCAUUUGUCACUUACCGACCAGAAUACCUACCGCAAGUACUUUCUAAGCUGUUUGCUUCAGUUACCUUUGAAGUUAUAGAAGAAAGUAAGGCUCCUAGAACUCGAGCAGUGAAGAAUGUGAGAAGGCAUGCAUGCUCCUCAAUCAUAAAGAUGUGUCGGGAUUACCCUCAGCUUGUCCUGCCGAACUUUGAGAUGUUGUACAACCACGUGAAGCAGCUGCUCUCCAAUGAGUUACUUCUGACGCAGAUGGAGAAGUGUGCCCUUAUGGAGGCCCUCGUCCUCAUCAGCAACCAGUUCAAGGACUACGAACGGCAGAAAGCUUUCUUGGAGGAACUUAUGGCUCCUGUUGCUGGCUUAUGGCUCUCCCCAGAGAUGCAGAGAGUCCUCUUGGAUCCUGAAGCCUUUAUCUCCUAUGUGGGUGCAGACAACAAAAUUGCCGAUCCAGUCUUGGAAGAUCCUAGUGGCCUGAACCNGCUGCAGAUAAGCUUUUGCGUGUACACCAUUCUGGGAGUUGUGAAACGAGCUCGUUGGCCUGCUGCUACUGAAGAGGCAAAAGCUGGAGGAUUCCUGGUGGGAUACAUGCCCAGCGGAAGUCCAAUCUACCGUAAUCCCUGCACUGAGCAGGUCCUGAAGCUUCUUGACAACUUACUUGCUCUUAUAAGGACUCACAACAAUCUUUACAUGCCAGAGAUGGUGGCUAGGAUGGGGGAAACAUUUGCAAAGGCCUUAGACAUGCUGGAGGUGGAGAAGAACGCCAUCCUAGGUCUCCCUCAGCCUCUGCUGGAGCUGUAUGACUCUCCUGUUUACAAAACAGUCUUAGAAAGGAUGCAGGGCUUCUUCUGUACCCUCUACGACAACUGUUUCCACAUCCUGGGAAAUGCAGGCCCCUCCAUGCAACAGGAUUUCUACACUGUUGAGGGUCUCGCCACCCAGCUCCUCAGCUCAGCUUUCAUCAACCUCAACAACAUUCCUGAUUACAGACUGCGUCCCAUGCUCCGUGUGUUUGUGAAGCCCUUGGUACUCUCCUGCCCUUCAGAAUACUACGAAACCCUUGUCUGCCCCAUGCUGGGACCACUCUUUACCUAUCUGCACGUGAGGUUGUCUCAGAAAUGGCAGGUGAUCAACCAGCGAAGCAUGCUCUGUGAGGAUGAUGCUGCAGAUGACAACCCUGAGUCUCAGGAGAUGCUUGAAGAACAGCUGGUCAGGCUGCUGACCCGAGAAGUCAUGGAUCUCAUCACUGUUUGCUGUGUUUCUAAGAAAGGUGUUGAGCAUAACACUACUGCUGCUGUAGACGGAGAUGAUGAUGAGGCGAUGGCCACGGAGGUGACUCCCCCUGCCAGCGCAGAGCUCACAGAGCUCGGCAAGUGUCUGAUGAAGCAGGAGGAUGUUUGCACCGCGCUGCUGAUCACUGCCUACACAUCCCUUUCCUGGAAGGACACCUUGUCCUGCCAAAGAACCACAACACAGCUUUGCUGGCCGCUGCUCAAACAGGUGCUUCCAGGAAACCUCCUGCCCGAUGCCGUGUCCUGGUUUUUCACAAGUGUGCUGAAGGGCUUACAGACACACGGGCAGCACGAUGGCUGCAUGGCAGCUCUUGUCCACCUGGCUUUCCAGAUCUACGAGGCUUUGCGCCCUCGCUACGCUGAGCUGAAGGCAGUGAUGGAGCAGGUCCCAGAUAUCCAGAGGGACUCUUUGGAGCAGUUUGAUUCAAAGCUUCUCAACCCAACGCUGCAGAAGGUGGCAGACAAGCGCCGGAAGGAUCAUUUCAAGCGCCUCAUCACAGGUUGCAUUGGGAAGCCCCUUGGGGAGCAGUUCCGCAAGGAGGUUCAUAUCCGGAACCUCCCAUCUCUCUUCAAAAUGGUGAAGCCAUCAUUGGAGACAGACGUGCUAGAAAAUGAAGAUGGAGAAGGCCUCACUGCACUCUUUGAGCCCUGAGCCUGGGAUGCUGCAACCAUCUCCUCCCCUUAUAUUUUGUCUCUCCUCAUAGUAAGCACAUUAGAUUCUCCUUGUCAUCACCUCCACAGCAUUCGUCUGAAUAAAGCCCCUUACGGGUCCUGUCCCAUUCUCCUCCCUACAGGGGGAUGGGGCCUGCGGUGACAUUUGAACCAGUCUAUUAAGCUUUUCCUGAUUCCCUCCCCUCCAUUGGAUGAGCAUCUUUAGACCUCUGCUUCUCAGUGGGAGCUAAGCCCAUAGACUCUGUUAGGUAAAACCUUAUCAUCCUGUAGCCUUGGGUCACUCUUGCUCCACUUCUUCAUCCCUUGGG